GAGGGGCUUGUCUCUCAAGGGUCUUUCAGCUCUGAAACAUUCUAGGAUUCUCCAGUCUGGGCUUCAAUUUGCUCAUUUGUAAAAUAGUAGGUUGGAGUGGAUCAUCUCUCAGGUUCCUUCUAGUGCUAACAUUCUAUGAUUCUAUGAUUUCAUGAAGAAGUCAGCCAUGUCCACAGAAUCAAACAAAAAGCGGAAACCCAAAGUGAUCCGAAGUGAUGGAGCCCCACCUGAGGGAAAGCGGAAUCGGAGCGAGAUAGACUUGGAGAUGAAGUACUACAGUGAGGAGGCUGAGGUGGACAUUCGCGACCCCAACAAGGACUAUGACCUCUACAGAUUUACCUGCCAUGAACUCCAGCGACUCAUGGCUGAAAUCCAAGAGCUCAAGAGCAGAGGCAGCAGGGACAGUGCUUCUGAAAUAGAAGAGAGGAGGAUCCAGAGCUGUGUUCAUUUCAUGACCCUGAAGAAGCUGAACCGCCUGGCUCACAUUAGACUGAAGAAAGGGCGAGAUCAGACCCAUGAGGCCAAGCAGAAAGUGGACGCCUAUCACCUCCAGCUCCAGAACCUACUGUAUGAGGUGAUGCACCUCCAGAAAGAGAUCACCAAGUGCCUGGAGUUUAAAUCAAAACAUGAAGAAAUUGAGCUGGUAAGUAUGGAAGAGUUUUAUCGGGAGGCCCCUCCAGAGAUCAGCAAAUGUGAUAUCACCAUGGGGGACCCUCACCAGCAGACCCUUGCUCGCCUCGACUGGGAGCUGGAGCAACGGAAGAGGUUAGCAGAAAAGUACAAAGAAUGUCUGGCUAGCAAAGAGAAAAUCUUGAAGGAGAUCGAAGUAAAGAAGGAGUACCUGAGCAGCCUUCAGCCGCGGCUGAGCAGUAUCAUGCAGGCCUCGCUUCCAGUGCAGGAAUAUCUCUUCAUGCCGUUCGACCAGGCCCACAAGCAAUAUGAAACUGCUCGACACCUUCCCCCACCCCUCUAUGUGCUUUUUGUCCAGGCCAGUGCCUACGGACAAGCCUGUGAUAAAAAGUUGUCCGUGGCUAUAGAGGGCAAUGUGGAAGAAGCCAAGGCUCUGUACAAACCACCUGAGGAUUCUCAAGAUGACGAGAGCGACUCUGAUGCUGAGGAGGAGCAGACCACAAAACGUCGACGCCCCACCCUGGGUGUUCAGCUGGAUGACAAACGGAAGGAGAUGCUCAAGAGACACCCUCUGUCUGUCAUGCUCGACCUCAGGUGCAAAGAUGACAGCAUGCUCCAUCUUACUUUCUACUACCUCAUGAACCUCAACAUCAUGACUGUGAAGGCCAGAGUGAGCACUGCCACUGAGAUCGUCACUCCUGUCAGCGCUGGUGACCUGCUGUCUCCUGACAUGAUCUUAAGUUGCCUGUAUCCUGGGGAUCAUGGCAAGAAAACUCCCAAUCCCGCCAAUCAGUACCAGUUUGAUAAAGUUGGCAUCUUGACCUUAAGUGACUAUGUGCUUGAACUGGGUCACCCCUAUUUGUGGGUACAGAAGCUCGGGGGCCUGCACUUCCCCAAAGAGCAGCCUCAGCACACAGUGACUGCAGACAAUUCACUGAGCGCCAGCCACAUGGAGACCACCAUGAAGCUGCUGAGGACACGGCUACAGGCCCGCCUGGCUCUCACCAAACAGUUCGCUUCAUUGGAACACGGCAUUGUGCCAGUCUCCAGUGAGUGCCAGCGCCUUUUCCCUGCAAAAAUUGUGUCUCGCCUUGUGAAGUGGGUGGCAAUUGCUUAUGAAGACUAUAUGGAGCUGCCUUACACCCGGGACAUUGUGGAGGCCGGGCUAGCCGAGGACACACACCUGUAUUACCUGGCACUCAUCGAGAGAGGGACAGCCAAGCUUCAGGCAGCCGUGGUGCUAAACCCAGGUUACUCCUCCAUCCCACCCAUUUUCCGCCUUUGUCUGAACUGGAAAGGAGAGAAGACCAGUAGCAACGAUGAUAACAUCCGGGCCAUGGAGAGUGAAGUCAGUGUCUGCUACCGGGAGCUUUACGGCCCCCGGCCUGGCUACCAGCUUCUGACCAAUCAGCUGCAGCGCCUCUGCGUUGUGCUAGAUGUCUACCUGGAGACAGAGAGCCACGACACCAGCGUAGAGGGGCCCAAGGAAUUCCCGCAGGAGAAAAUGUGUCUUCGACUGGUCAGGGGUCCCAGCCGGAUGAAGCCAUUCAAGUACAACCAUCCCCAGGGAUUCUUCAGCCAUCGCUGACCAUCAGACUACCUUCCCUCUGUCCAUCUGUCUGUUCCCUGAAGAGCUUCCAGUGGGUUCCAAAAGAACCAGCAGUGGGUGGGCACAGGGCUUCCACACCACACCUGUAUGACUUGGCUGCUUCUGCAGGUGUUCUAAAGUCAGUUUCGUAUUUUUAACCUAUUAAAUAUGUCACUAGGUGAAGUGAG